CCUUGGCUCUAGGAUAAAGCUUCCCUCACUCUCCGAAAGCAAAAAAGUGUCACUUUGGGAGUCUCUCUCUCUCUCUCUCACUCUGCAAAUUCUCAUUGGCAACAUCGGCGUCGUUUCCUCACAAAAAGUAAUAAAACCAGACGGUUUUUUUUUGGUUUCCAAUUCCCAAAUAUGACCAAUUCUCCUUUUAUCCUCUCAAACACAGAGCCACCAUUAACACUGCCUACAACCUCCAUCGCCGCCCUUCCUCUUCUCCACUCUUUCACAAUGAUCUUCUUCUUCUACUGAAACCCAACCCAAUACCACACAGUCAUGGAUAGUCUCGGCGGCCCAUCAAACACCAACAAGUCCCGGUUGAUCGGAGACUACAUACUGGGCCCGAAAGUCGGGUCGGGCUCGUUCGCCGUCGUGUGGCGCUCGACCCAUCGCCAACUGGGUAUUGAAGUUGCGGUGAAGGAGAUUGACAAGAAACACUUGAGCCCAAAAGUCAGCGAGAGUUUACUUAAGGAAAUUUCGAUUCUUAGCACCAUAAACCAUCCCAAUAUUAUUCACCUUUUUGAGGCCAUCCAGACCAAGGAAAGAAUUUACCUUGUGCUGGAGUACUGUGAUGGUGGUGACUUGGCGGCUUACAUACAGCGCCAUGGGAAAGUUUCAGAAACUGUGGCCAGGCACUUCAUGAGGCAAUUGGCUGCAGGAUUGCAAGUGCUUCAGGAAAAGCACCUCAUCCACCGGGAUUUAAAACCACAGAACUUGCUCUUGUCAGCCAAUGAGGAAACCCCACUAUUGAAGAUAGGGGACUUUGGUUUUGCAAGAUCCGUCACACCCCAAGACUUGGCUGACACACUUUGCGGUUCACCAUUAUACAUGGCUCCAGAGAUUAUUCUGAAUCAAAAAUAUGAUGCAAAGGCUGAUUUAUGGAGUGUUGGAGCAAUUUUAUAUCAGCUGGUGACUGGGAAGCUACCGUUUGAUGGGAAUAGUCAAUUACAGCUUUUUCAUAAUGUUCUGACAUCUACUGAGCUGCGGUUUCCACAAGGUGCUUUGGAAGAAUUGCAUCCAGAUUGUGUAGAUCUCUGCAGAAGCCUUUUGCGUCUAAAUCCAGUUGAGCGACUGUCGUUUCAGGAGUUCUUCAAUCACAAGUUUCUCAGAGAAGUGAGGGUGAUGGUGGAAGUUGAACACACUUCACCACUUAAAUCAACGGGUGAACAGCCUAGUUGUUCUGGCUCCAAUACGAUGUUGCAAUUGCAUGCCAGGCAUCCCAUCAACUCCUCUAUCGGAAAUCUGAGUUUAGAUUCAGCUGCACAUAUUAAAGGUCUUGUGCCAGCUUUUUCAUGUGAUAGGCCGAGGAAAUCUGUUAAUCAAGAUCCAAACUUACAGGAUCAGCUCCGAGUUUCGGAUUCAAUGGAGUCCAUUGAAAAAGAUUACGUAAUGGUUAAUUCUCAUUUUGCAUCGAUGGAGAGUUUCUCCUAUUACCUUGAACACUCCCUGCAACUUGAUUCCACAACUAGAGCUUCUAUCUGUGCUUCAAAGCAGAAAGAUCAUGGUAUACCACGUGUCAUCAAAACAGAGGAGCUGGCAGCUGGUUCUCUUGGUGUGGGAAGUUCACAAACUCAAGGAUCAGUGAUAGAACCAGCAUCUUGUGCAUCGACUCUGUUACUGGAAGUGCAAGGACUAUCUAUAUUGCAUCCUUCGACCAGGCUCCAUCUGUUACAUCAGCAUGCUCAGGUCCUUGCUGAUCUUUCUCAGGAAAAGUACAAUGCAGGACUGUAUCUAGAGUCAUUUUCAGUUGAACUAGUUGUUUUGGCCAUAUGGAAGAAAGCUCUUCAAAUUUGCAGCAGUUGGCUGGCAUCAAUUGAAAAGGAUGAACCCGAAAGCAGUUCAGCAAAUGCAUCCUCAGUUGUUCAGGGUGGCUUGUCACUAAACAAUUCAGAAAAUGUAGACUUUACUAGGCCGUCAUCUGUUUCAGUUUGGGCCGAGCAAGGUUUCCUAGUUGCAUUUGAUCGUGCAGAGAAGUUAUCCUAUCACGUCCAAGAUAUGGAUGGUGCUGCUGAAGUACCAGAUGCGAUGGAAAUUAUAUUCCAAAAAGCUCUAGACGUUGGGACAAAAGCCGCUGUUGACGAGUAUAUGGAGAACAAGGGUAGUGCAGCAGCAUUGUACACCAAAGCUAUGCUUCUGCUCUCUUUUAUUGCAGGAGAAGCAACCUCUCUGCCCCUAAGCCCUCCAUUUUACUUGGCUCCGGCUAAUAAGAAGCGAGUCCAACAAUACAUGGUAAACUUGGAGUCCCAUCGGAUCAAGUUUCUCAAACCAGAUCCCACUCCUGUUCAAGUUAAAGACUCCAUUACUAAGUAAAUAUUACUGGUGUACAGCCAUUCUCAACGAACUUCCUUUUUUGUGCAUAUUACCGGUUUGGUGUAAAUUGUGGUCAGAUCAGCAGGCAGUUUUUGGAACUUUGGGGAAUGAUAGGGAUGGACACGACUUUAUUACGUGAGUGAUGGUGAUGAUGAUUAUUAACAGUGACAAAUAUUUACUAUAGGGAAGUCUGUAGUAGACCACAGGCAAUAUCGAACGAGAUCACCUUUAUUGCACGAGUUUUGUGUAAAUAACUUUUCUAUUCUUUCUA